AUGAGUGAGCCAUAUCUUACUAGACUGAAAUACAGAGACGAUAAGGCUGAGGAACUAGUAUCUACAGUUGUUGCACCUGUUGUCAAGCAUGUAAGUUUAUCAGGCCAAGAUUGGGUAAGAGAUCCAGAGAUAACCUGGCUUGACCCAAUCUUAAAAGAUCUGUAUCGGGAACAUGGUGAUAAUGGAAGAAAGGCGCAGAGUUGUGCCCACGGUGAAGAUGACGAAGAAUGUUGCUACCUGGCGGAAGACGACUUACAUAUAUCCUUGGCUACAUAUGUUAGAGACUCUGUAAUGUUGCAAAUGAGAAAAGCUUUCUUACACGUUUAG